CCAUAUCUACUAUGGGCCGAAUCCCAUUAUAUCCAGAAACUAUUGGGCUUAAGUUCAGCUAUGUGUGCCCAAUCCAUUUACAUCCCCAACUCCCUCUUCUUUUAAGUUGCAAAUCAAAAUCACUAAACCCUACUGAGCAGGUUUUAGGAUAUUUGCUUUAGUUUUUGGAGAAAUGAAACUCUAGGUGAUUAUCAACGACGGAUUUAGCAAUUGAAAUCUGAGAGAAAUACAAGGUGCGUACUCCUGUCUCCUCUUCCUAUUUAAAGCCCCUCACCAGUGAUGGCUCCUUGGCUGUUCAAAACUGUUAAUUCACUCUCUAGCAAGAACUAUCAACAGCUCCAUAAAUCCCCAAUUCAUAACUCUAUAUCCCUCAUUUUCUUUUCCACUUCAAGACCCUCAGAAAUUAAACCUAAAGUUACAAUCUUUGAUUACUUAAUAAAUCAUCAGCAAUUCUCUCCUGAAUCUGCUUCUAACGUAUUAUCUUCAACUACUAAGUAUGUCAAGAAACCUCAAAAUGCUGAUUUAGUGUUAAGUUUCCUUACUGAAAGUGGUUUUUCAAAAAUCCAUAUAGAAAAUGUUGUCCAAAAAGUGCCACAGGUUCUCUCUUCUAAAUUUGAGACAAGUAUCAAACCUAAAAUCAAGAUUUUUCAAGAUUUGGGCUUUGAAUCUAUUGAUAUUGCUGAUAUAGUAUCUGCUGAUCCUUGGGUUUUAACUAGAAGUGCUGAUAAUAGGCUUGGACCAUCUCUUUUAGUGUUGAAGAAUGUGCUGGGAACUAAUGCUGGUGUUGUUACAUUAUUAAAGCUUUCUGGAUGGUUUCUGAAACAUGAUUUGGAAAGAGUCAUGAUGCCUAAUAUAGAUUAUUUGAAGAGUUGUGGGAUUAGUUCGUCGCAGAUUGUUAAAUAUGUGUAUAACUUUCCCAGGUUUUUUCUUAUGAAACCAGAGAGUAUUAAAGGUUUUGUUAAAAGAGUUGAUGAGAUGGGUUUCGAUCGAAAAUCUAAGAUGUUUCUUCCUGCUAUUAGGACAAUGAGUUCCAUGACUGUAGAGAAUUGGGAGCUCAAGUUGAAGCUUUUGAGGGAUCUGGGGUUAUCAGAGGAAAAUAUUUUGUCUGUUUUCAAAAGGGUACCUCAAGCAUUCGCAAUAUCAGAAAGGAAGAUUAAGGAUGUGACGAAGUUGUUGCUAAAUGUUGGGAACUUGGACAUCUCUUAUAUUGUUCGCCACCCAGACUUGCUUAUUUGCAGUGUCAACCAGAGACUAAAACCUCGACUAGCAGUGCUUCAGGUCCUGGAGAAUAAGAAAUUGCUCCAGAAAAAGCCUAGUUUUACUUCCUUUUUUAAGAUCUCUGGUUCACAGUUCUUGCACAAGUAUGUAAUUCCUUAUUCAGAUGAACUUGGGGACUUGUCGUUGGGUAGAUACAGCCAAUAGCAAACAGAAUUGCUAUACUAUGGUUCAACAAAAUGAUUCUAAGGAACAUGUUAUUACAUCUCAAUGUAUGUUUUUCAGUAGCUGCAAUUGAUAAAGUUCCUUUUUGGGAAGGCCAUGAGCAGGAAUUGCAGGUUAUUGCUGGUAUUUACAUUGCAGGUCAUUGCUGGUAUUUACAUACACUUUUUUACUGUAUAUUCAAAUCGUUUAUUGUAUGUUAGAGCUCUCCCUAAAAAUCAAGAGGGUACUUUCAAAUUCUGCUUUCUGAUUGUUUUAUGGACAGAUUCUUCCUUUCUGGUAUAAUGUCUUUAUCCUUUUGAGCAAUAUACUUGGGUGGCAGCAUUCAAGCAUCCAAUACCAGCACAUAAUUACAACCAUUGUUGUAUUUGCAAGUUUGUGAAAUAGUAGGCCUAGAUGUUCGAAAAUUAUCUGGCAUUCUGUGAUACAGUGCUUCUAUGCUUAUAAAGUAUUAUAUGCAUGCA